UUCGUGCGGACUACUGACCCGAUGGUGGACUAGAGAAUGUGUUCGAUAAAGCUCCUUCUCGGUGUAUUGAUUCCAUCAUUGAACGCCGUAGAUCUGAACAGCACAAUGCAGCUCCUUAGAGGCCCGGACAUAUAUCAUGGCCUUUCUCCUCUCUCUAAUUCGGACGAUUGCGGGGCUUUGCGAAGUUGGAAAGAGUGCUGCACUUGCUACAGAAAGAUGGCUCCGGUGGCAUGUCCUGCACGCUGCGAGAGUGGGUGGACAUUUUUCGACAAAACCGAAGCUUGCUAUAAGACCUUCUUCGGGGAGACGUUUGAUGGUGCGGAAAAUAUGUGUAACGUUGCUGGUGGACAUUUGACAUCAAUCCACAGCUUUGAAGAAAACAGAUUCGUAGCCGGGUUGGCAAAAAUGAAUAAACUAGUCACAGAUUCGAGAGAUUAUACCUGGAUAGGACUGCAUAAAAUGAACAGCAAUAAUUGGAGGUGGACUGACGGCACAAAAGUUGAUUUCAAACCCUGGGCUCCGACUUGUCCGAAAGGAGAGGGAAACUGUGUGCUGUUGCUCAGUGAUGUCAACGGCGAUGAAACAUGGCUUCAUAAAUGGGCAAACUUUCCCUGCAUCCAAAAUCUGAGGACGUACGUAUGCAAAAAAAUGGCUUUACACUAGAGUAAUAUCUAUGCGCAUAUUUUGAUGUUAUCGUUGACUUAAGCUCUUUGCAAUAACGAAAAG